AUGCUACCUGCUUCUCAAUCUACAACGCCAGAAAAUACUGUUGAUGAUUGUAUCAUAUGUUUGAGUGCUCUUGCUCAGGGCACUCCUCUUUUGACGUUGUCUUGUGGUCAUAAAUACCAUUUCCAAUGUCUAGCAUCGAACAUCAAAGCACAAAAUAAAGAAUGUCCUUUGUGUCGUGCUAAAAUUGAAGAUUCGGUUAUUCAAACAUUUGCACGCCCUGUUCAGCUGUCAUUACAACAACAACAACCGAUUAGACGUCCACCUCGUGACGUUGUUCCUUCGGUUGAAGAUCUCAUCGAUGAGGUUGCUGUACAAGAACUUAGCGAUCGUCUUGCUUCUGCUCGCCAGACGGCAAUCACUUCAUCCAAUAAUACUGACAAUCUUCCAUUGGUAACUGUUUCAACAACAUUAGAAUAUGAAGCUCAAGCUUCGCAUGAAGAAUCAAAUAUUUAUGGCCUUGUCACUCUUCAAGCACCAACUGUUAUCCAACCGGUAGAGGCUGAAUCGCUUGUGCUGUCUCAUAUUCCAAUUGAUCUUGUUUGUGUUGUUGAUCAAAGUGGAUCGAUGUCAGGUGACAAAAUAGCCUUAUUGAAACAAACUUUGAUCUAUAUUGUCGAAAAAAUGAAUGAACUUGAUCGGUUGGCCAUUAUUUCAUUCAAUACUACAGCUUUUGAUCGUUCACAUGGUCUUAAGCGGAUGAAUCAACAAAACAAACAGAUCUUGAUUAAUGCGAUCAAUACUGAUAUUACCAGUGAAGGUGGCACUUAUAUUGGAAGUGGACUACAAAUGGCCAUCAACUCAUUCAGUAGUCGUCAAACAAAAAAUCCAUUGAAUGGUUUGCUCUUACUUACCGAUGGUCAAGACAAUGACAGUCAUGACUACACGCAACUAAUGCAAACUUUACCCAGUGGUGUUCAAUGUCACACAUUUGGUUACGGAUCCGAUCAUGCGGCUUCAUUAUUAGUGCAGUUAGCCGAGCAAGGAAAUGGCGGUACAUUCACUUAUAUUGAUGAAGAACACGCUAUAGGUCCUGCAUUUGCAAUGGCUCUCGGUGGCCUAUUUACAUGUGUUGCGCAAGAGCUUCAUAUCAACAUCGAGUUCACUGAAGGCUAUAAAAUCACUCAUGUCCAUUCGAAAUAUAAAUAUGAACCUGAACAAUUGCCCUCAGCCAAACUUAAUGUCAAGUUACACGAUUUGAAUGCUGAAGAAAAGCGGAACUUUGUUUUUCAAUUAUAUGUACCCAAAUGGGACAAUAACGAACAAAAUGUAGACAUGACUAGUCAACAACCAAUGUCUUUGUCUCAAUCUUCAAAAGAAAUACAAUUAUUUAAAAAUCAAAUCAUUGGUAAUGUAACCGUCGUCUACAUCGAUCCCAAUAGCCGUCGCGCAAUAACAACAGAUCCAGUUUCGUUCAAUUUAGUUCGAAGUUCUCAUCCUCCAUCUGAUUUGCUUCGCGUCAAUCAUGUGCUUGAUAUACAACGAAAUCGUGUAGAAACAGCACAUGCACUGGCACAAGCAAUGGCCGAGGAUAACUAUCGACAAUCACGUAAUAUUCUCAAAGCUCAAGUAGAGAAGAUCAAGGCCAGUGUAUCUGGACAAGAUCCUUUCUGUCAAAAGUUAAUUAAAGAUCUUCAAUACCGCUAUCCAUCAGAACGUGCUUAUCGAUCAUCACAUCAAAAUAAUUAUAUGUCAUUUGGAGAAGAGCAACGCAUUAUUCUUAUAACUGGUGCUAACAGAGGCAUUGGCUUUAUGUUAGUAAAAAAACUAUUGAAAGAAUAUCCAUCAGGUAGUACUCUUAUUCUACUCGGUUGUCGAGAUUUAAAAAAAGGUGAAGAUGCAUUCACACAGUUAAAUUCUCCAUCUAAUAUUAAACUUCUUCAAUUGGAUACAUCUUCAAGGGAGUCGAUUAUUCAUGCAGUUGAUCAAAUAAAACAAUUCUACGAUGGUAAAUUAGAUGUUGUUGUUAAUAAUGCUGGUAUAUUUACAACAGAAAUAACAGCAGAUGCAGCUAGGGAAUUAUUUAAUACAAAUUAUUAUGGAAUAAAAAUACUUAAUGAAUAUUUAAUUCCUCUUAUGAGAGAAAAUGGUCGAAUAAUAAAUGUCUCUAGUCGAGUUGGUACUAUUAUAUUACAAGAAGCUUCUAAAUCACUUCAAGAUAAAUAUACAUCAUCAACAUUGACAACAGAUCAACUUGAUCAAUUAGUUGAAGAUUUUAUAUCAUCGAUUGAGAAAAAUAAACUUGAAUCUCUUGGAUAUAAUUCCAAAUCAGACUUUCUAAUCUAUGGUGUUACAAAGGCGGCAUUAAAUGCUCUGACACAAAUUGAAGCACGUGAAUCAUCGAAUAGAAAAAAUUUACUCUUCAUCAGCGUAACUCCAGGAUUAUGCACCACAGAUAUGACUCGAAAUUUGCAAAAUACACGUCCACCUGAACUUGGUGCUAAUUCGAUUUUCUAUGUAAUUAAUACUUCUCGUGAUCAACUCAAAAAUGGUGCUUUUUAUCGAGAUGGUCAACAAUUACCAUUAAUCAACGAAUCGAUUAUUAUUAAAGAAAAAGGCAAUGAAAAUAAAAUCAAUCAAGUGAAUAAUUAA